GCAGCAGAGGAGCAACAAUGAACGCAGGCAGACCAAUCCUCGUGAUCACCCUGUUGAGCUUCGUGCUCUGCUGUGCGGUCGCUCAAAUCUCAACAGACGUGACUGCUGUUGGUACAACCAAGCAAAUCACUACCCUGGCAGGCACCACCCCGAGCCUCGCUACGACCGCCAGAUAUUCAAACUUUGGCACGUACUUUUCAAAUGGAUGGCGUUAUUAUGAAGCUUCAACGAUUCCACUUCCUUGGUCUGCGGCUAAAUAUGAGUGCAGGCGAAAAGGCAUGAAUUUAGUGAGCAUUGAAACCAGGGAAGAGGAUGAAUUCAUUCGCCAACAUCUCUUUGUGAACUAUCCAAAUGAACAUUUUUGGACAUCUGGCAACGAUGUUUUCCAAGAGGGCUAUUACUAUUGGGACUCGACCGGUAACGCAGUGGGACCGUACCGAAAUUGGGCACCGAACCAUCCAGUGGCUUCCACUCUGUAUAACUGCAUCGUGUACAGCAGGGGUGCAGAUCUGCGUUGGGCCAUUGCUAGCUGCAGUGAUCAAUACAGAUUUAUUUGCGAACAGAACUACUAAUUAGAUCGAUUUUUUAAUGUUUUAAUUUAAGCUGCAUUCUGUAGAGGUUUCAUUCAAUGAAAAAAUUAUGGAGUUAGUCGGCAUAAAUUAUAGUAAUCAAUGUUAUUACAUUAUUUAAUGGUUAAAAUGCCGAAUAAAGAUAUCAAUAAAAAACAGCACAAUAAAA